AUGAAUGAUAAAACAACGCUCUAUGUAGGACUUCCCAAUUUUCUCUUUUGGCAAAACAAAAAAGGGGGGCGGGCUUGUUCCUCCCAGCUUCACUUUCCACUCGAUUUCUUCCCCCCGACGAAUCAACAGGAGCACGCUACUUCCAAUAACCAGAAGUUUUCAAUGGAGACAAUCCAGCCAAAUGUUCCCAAGUACUUGCAAAAUUUUGAAGUGUCCAAAGAGUGCAAUGAUCUGAUUUCCUCCUUGCCCAAAAAUAGAGGAUGGGUUGUACCCAUCAUGUACCAAUACCAAGGUUUUUGGCAUCAUACUUGGCAGCUCCAAGGAGUUCUAGCAUUUCAAAAACAUUUUCUUGCACAAGACACCGAUAUUCUUCUCGUUACAGCUCCAAAAUCUGGCACCACCUGGUUAAAGGCAAUUUCUUUUGCUAUCAUUAACCGAAUUCAAUAUCCUAUCGCUUCCACAGACCACCCUUUACUCAAAAACAAUUCCCAUGUAGUUGUGCCUUUCGUGGAACAGGUCUAUGCUGAUAACUCUAAUCCCGACUUCUUUGAGACACCUCCUAGACUCUUUGCCACUCACGUGCCUUAUGUUUCACUACCUGAAUCCAUCCACAAUUCCAAGGUGAAGAUCGUUUAUAUGUGUCGAAACCCAAAAGACUUAUUUAUUUCUGCUUUUCACUUUACAAACAAGUUGAGGCCCGAACAUAUGGGGACGAAUUCCAUGGAAGAGAUGUUUGAUUUGUUUUGUAAAGGAGUGUUCCUGUAUGGGCCAUACUGGGAUCAUGUGCUGGGAUUUUGGAAUGAGUCUCUAAAGAGGCCUAAAGAAGUGUUGUUUUUGAAGUACGAGGAGAUGAAAGAGCAGCCAACUACUCAAGUAAGAAAGUUAGCAGAGUUUUAUGGGUGUCCAUUUACACUUGAGGAAGAGAAGGAGGGGAUUGUGGAUGCUAUCUUAGGUUUGUGUAGCUUUGAAAGUUUGAGUAAUAUGGAGGUGAAUAAAAAAGGAUAUCUGCCCACUGGUGAGAUGAAGCAGGCGUACUUUCGGAAAGGUGAGGUUGGGGAUUGGAAGAAUCAUUUGACAGCGGAGAUGGCGGAAAAACUUGACUUGAUCACUGAAUGCAAGUUUCAAGGAUCGGGAUUAAAAUUUUAAAGAAAUAAAAUAUGUGAAUAUAAACCUUGCUUAAAUAGAUUGUUAAGUUUUAAUAUUUUCUUUUAUGGGUCGUUUGGUUAAACAAUAUGCUUUGGUGUUAUAUGAAUAAAAAAUGCAUGUAUAUAUACCAUCUAAAGAUUUUAUAAUAUUCUCAAAGAUAUGUAAAAAAGGCCUAUAUAUUUGGUAACUGUUAUAAAUGUAUACACUUAAAAAAUACGACGACAUUUUUAUUUUAUCUUCUGAAAAACUUUGUAUAUAUUAAGUUGUUCCUGAAUCUAGAAUUUCCUUAUAUAUUAAGUCAAUCAUUAGAUUUUAAUACUGCUACAAAUUUAAUGAGCAAUAUUAAGCGGUCGAAACCACCGGUUAUCAAACUGUAAAAAUAUUUAGGUUAUAACCCACAGUUGAAUUUUUUUUUUUAUUUUAUAUAAAAACAAUAGAAAAAAGUAAUU